AUGGCCUCUUCACAGGCCGCAGUCACCUCACCAGAAGUGGCAACACAUUAUCAAGUCCUCGGCCUCACGCCCACGCUACUCGACACACAGCACGAUUCUACAUCUCUCAUAAAGCGCGCCUAUCACCGGGCCCUCCUCCGUAACCACCCAGACAAAGUCACAAAUUCAGAUCCAUCCUCUGUUUGCUUCACAGUCGACCAAAUCACAACUGCUCUCAACACUCUUUCCGACCCUUCUUGUCGAGCAGCUUACAACGCCGCUCUGCGGGUGUCUCGCCCAAGCGACAAGAGAGAUGGCUCUUUUCAGACCGGCGUGGAAAAUGUUGACCUAGAUGAUCUGGCAUUUGAUGAGGCUCAGGAAUGCUGGUACCGCCCUUGCCGCUGUGGGAAUGAGCACAGCUAUGAGUUUUGCGAAGCAGACUUGGAAGAAGUGAGUGAUGAGGGGGAGCUUGUGGUUGGCUGUCUCGACUGUAGUUUGUGGCUUCGAGUUCACUUUGCCGUUAUUGAGGAUGAACAACAACCACAUCCUUCAAAUAAAACAUUGAAAGAUAAGACUUGA